AGCUUCUUUAAAUAAUCAUUUUCCAGUGCAUUUGUUCCUUGUUGCUGAUUUCCUCACUAACAUUUAAUUGCUUUUCCAAUGCACGGUAUAGAAAUGAGAUGACGGAGCGUUAGUGAAGUACUUUUAGGUUAAGUCCAUUUUUGGGAAUUAGGUUACUGUACACGACGUAUUGAUAAAUAAUGCUAAUGAAGUUGAAGUUCUGAAGUAUCUCUGGAAAAUACAUCUUUUACGCUAUUUUAAAACCGAUUGAGUAUUAAAACAAUAAACCGUUAGUGUUAUAUUAUUUGUUUUGUAUAACAAAAGAGAACAGUUUUUAGUGUUUUUAUCCCAGUUUUUAAGAAUUACGGUCAUUGAGCCUUUUUUUAUUGAAUCAUUUGAGCAGAAUUACUUUUUGGAGUCACAGUUUAGGUUACAAUUGGUUGUUGAUAUCUGUGUGUAGAUAGAUAAUUAGUAUUACAAUAAAAAUAUUAAAUGAUCAUUCCUGCACUUUCCGUUAUCGUUUUGAACAGGAAGUAGUUCUUCGAUUCGAUUCAGAUUUGAUACAAAUCGUUGAAUAGAUACUAUGUCAUCGGAAGGUACUGAUAUUACCAAGGAAUCGCAUGUAGAAACUGAGAAGGAUGAGCUUUUUGAGACAGCACUGGUGGAAGAGCACAGUAAAAGGAGAGGUAGCGAUCCUUUAACGGAAGUAGAACAGCUGAAAUACCAGAAACUUUUGGAAAAUGAGAAGAAUCUGGAUGCAGAACUUGAGAAAUUAAAACAAGGGUUGAGCUCAGAGCCAUCUAAAUAUGAAACAAUGGAAUGCCUUCACAAAUACAAUGCUAUCAAAGAUGCCACACAACUUGUGCUAGGGGAAUUAGCCAAAAUGCAUGGUGUUACCGUCACUAGUCUACAUGAGGAAUUUGGACUGCCAACAACAGAAGAUUAAAAGCAUUUAUGUUGUAUACUUAUUGAUUUUUUAUAAUCUUAUAACGAUGAAAAUAAAUAUUUAUGAAUUUUGUACUAUCA